UGACGAGGAUUCCCACCGCCUGUGUUGUUAUGACAUUAUUCGUCUAAAUGAGUCUAAGUGGUCAUAAAACUUUGUUAGGACCAAGAAAUGGUGAGUUUAUGUAUAAUUGUAAACAAAAAGGCAGUUGAUUUAAUUAUCAUUUUGUUGAUUAAAAAACUCGGACGAAGUUAAUUGCUGUAGAAUUCAACGAUUAUCUCAACAAUGCCGGAAUCCCAGUCGAAUUCAUUACUGCCUGGACCAAGGACAUCAUCAAUGAUGAAUGAUGACACUCCAGGAGUUAAACCCGAUGAAACUGGAAGUCUUAGGCCGUACCUUGAUGAUUCUGCAUCUAUCAUGCUAUAGAGGGGUAUAAAGCUUUGAUAAACGAUAAACUUCACAAUGACCCCUAUUUCUAAAAUUUUUACCUUACCGUUGCUAGUGAAAAAGUCCAAGCUUUGGCUGAUGCAGUCCUCCCGAUGCCUGAAGCUGUAAACAUUCAGAAAAAACUAACCACCCAAGAAGUUGACGUAGCCAGAGAACUGGACGCAAUUUACGAGUCCUUCGGAUAGGGUUCUCCACCCACGCCCAGCAACAGUUCUCUUUUGCUAGAAAUUUUUGCUGCGGGCCCUCUAGGUGAUCUUCUUGCGGUCUUCUAUGGACACGUCGGCUAUGACCCUGCGGUCGUAUCUGUCUUCGUGGCGCUUGGAAUACUCUUGUCGAUGAAGUUCUCGCCAAACCCACUGCUCAAGGAUUCAUUGAUUAUCUCAAAAAUUCCGGAAUCUCAACGGAUUUGGUUAUUUUUACCAUCAAGAGUAUCAUCGAUGUCACUCCAGGAAUUGAACCCGAUGAAAUUUCAACUCUUAGAUCUUUCCUCGACGAAAGUGAAGCCAUAAUCCCUGUUGACGAUAUCCUCCUUGUAUUAACUGAAAAAUCCCUACAUAGUCCGUAUUUCCAAGAUUUCUACACCACCAAGAUAUCAAAGCUUUGGUUGAUGAAGUCCUUCAGACGCCUGAAGUUGUAGAUAUUAAAAAAAAAAACUAACCAAGCAAGAAAUUGACGUAACCGAAGUAUUGAAUGCUAUCUACGAAUUCUUAGGUUGGGGCGCACCACCAAAAUAACUCUUUUGUUCUAAAAAUGUCGAGUUUGACUUUGUUAUUGAUUGAAUAUCAAUCUUUCUCUAAACUGUUAUUUUGUUCCGAUAUUUUUUCUGCACGUUCUUAUUCCACAAAUUGUUUAAAAAAAUCAACCUUGCAGUUUCCGAUUGCCUUAGCAACCACUAAACAAACCCUAAACAGACGAAAAAACACACAAGACAAACCCUCCUUCUGAAUUUCCUCAAACUCGAACCUUGUAUACCAAAAUGGUUUUAUUCGCUUAUGUCGUAUUUGCAAUCUUGCAAACAUCGUUCUCUCUUCCUGUUAUGGAAAAUGCCAGUCCUUUUGACGACCUCAAGGACUUCCUUCCUGUGAAGGAAAUACAGGAACUGAAAACGAGACAUCUUCAAAACGAUCCGAGCUUCCAGGCUACUGUAACAUACUUCAAAUCUCCGGAGUGGAUCGCCAUGGUCGAAGACGUCCGCAACAACCCCGAGUGGAUCGAGUACAAGAACUUUCUCAAAGAAGCCGGACUCGACUUCGACGUCAUGAUUAAACAGUUAAACGUUUGCGUUAACGAUACAGAUGUCACAGGUUUUAAAAUAGAAGGGGUGCAGCCGAGUCUUGCUAGUUUCAUCCAGGAUGUGAAAGCUACUUACGGAAUCCAGAUUUUAAAAGGGUUGCAGGAAUAUCUGGAGAAGAGUGGCCAGAAUGAAGCUAACAAAAAGCUGAGAGAAAAACUUUCAAGCCCCACUUCUAGGGAUCUGUUGGAGAAGGCUUUGGCACAACCUGCUUUGCAGAAGAUCAUGAUGAAAUUGAAAGAAAUUGGUGUUGAUAUUGACUAUUUUCUCCAGAUGAUAUACGGUUUUAGCGGAUGGGAGAUGACCACUAUUAAACCUUGAACGUGUUAAUUUUUAUUUCUGUUUUCUAUUUAUGUUCUCUAGACUGGUUUUGUAUGUAUUCUUUGUGUAGUAAUUGUUUUAUUCAAUAAAGAAUUAUUUUUGUGUA